AUGAAUAUUUUUAAGAUUUUCAUCAUUGGGCUCCCUGUGGUGUUUGUACACGAAACUGUUUUGAUAGGGACUGAUUUGGAAUUAAGAUGUAACUAUACCCACAAUGCCACAUGGUGGUUUGACAGCAGUAGUCUCCAUGGAAACACACAUCUUGUAAACAGUACAUUAAUACUWCAAAUAAACAAUGUCAGCACCAAAAGCCAAGGGACCUACUGGUGUGGAUCGUCAUGGAAACAUGGGUAUAAUGUUUCUGUUAUUGUUGGAAAUUUGCCCAGUCAACCAAGGUCAGUUCACAGCUACUCCUAUGAAUGGAAUGAUUCAGUGCGUUGGGUUGCAUCCCUACAAACUGGUGGACUCCCUGUGUACUACACUGUGACAGCACAGUGUCCCAAAUUAUCUGCAAAUUCUACAGCCGUAAAUCUCAAUUGUUAUGACUAUGGUCAAAAUCUACAGCGAUUGUGUAAAAAUGUCCCUCACAUAACAAACAAGAAGUAUGUCUGUUCAAAAUAUAAUAUGGAAGAACUAGAUUUGAAUACAGUUUACCAAGUGUGUGUGUUUGCUAUGAAUGAGCUUGGAAACAGCAGUUCUUGCAUUAACUUCACAAGAUCUAAUGAAUCUUAUGGGAAAAUGAGUAAGUAAUUUUGAGUUUAAUUACUAUCAGACUAGUGAUGUUUGUACUUUAGUUUUGAUUAAUAAUUUAAUAGUCUCCAUCAUGGAUACCCUGUGCCGUUUUGUGUGUCAAACAUCUUAAAGAAAAUUAUUCACAGGCCUUUAUCAUUGCAAUGGACAGUUUCUAUAGUUUCAAAGGCAGCAAGAAAGACACAAUG